AUGGCCUUUCACGCGCAAAGAUCAUUGUGCGAUCUCGCUGCAUUUAUUGAUCGUUAUGGAAAUGCUUUACCAAAGACAGUCAGGGUUGUCGAUGGGUUUUGUGGAGCUAAUGACGACGAUACACUGGACCCUGAUCAGGUCUUACUUUUCCACAGAUUAGAGACAGAGAAAGCAAUUCUAGGACUUGAUGAAUAUCGUCAAGAGAUUUGCAUACAAGAAAAUUCCAACACCAAAGUUUACCUUCUUCCGCUCGAAUGUAGCACAUUUGAAACAGUUCAAGAACUUACCAAUGUUCAAUGGUCUUUUAUUCUCGUUCUUGAAGAUAUUUUAACGACUGGGAUCGUUUCAGGAAGUAAGCUGAAACUGCUGAGGGAUGAACAAAGCAGUCCUCACUGGUUGAAAUGCCAAAUUGUCUUCAGUCAAGACGAAUUCCGGGAUGUUCUACUCCCUCUUCAUGUGAAAGGAAAGUUUCUGCCGCUUUUGGACCCCUCAGAAUACUACUUGCACGAGAUUCUAGCGUACAAUCACCUACCAGUAAAUGUUCGAUUUAUAUCUGAUUUAUCAAAGCCCAAUACCCGCUUCGCUUCACAGUCCUUGGCACAUUUAGGUCACGUCCUUCUUACACACAAAACCGAAGUGACAAUGGUCUUUGCGGCAUCGUUCAACCACGACUUGUCGCUAUACGUUUUCCCUAGGACUCUUGACAUCACUGUUCGCCUCAGAUCGGACGACUCAGCGGAAGCUAGCGAUAAGGUAAAAGAAUGCAAAAGGCUCCUGCAGGAAAAUGACUGUCAAGUGAAACAACUAGACAAUGCAGUGAAGGAAUCCUUCUAUUUCACAGCAAAUCCAGUCAGGCGUUUCCGCGUUCAGCUGCCUAAAAAAACUUGUCCAAUACCACUUCCAAGAUCACGCUAUGACUCUAAAGCGCGUGACAAGGCUUCGCCAGGAUCCAUUAAACCUCUUCAAAGAAGGAAACUCCUUCCAAAAAAUAGUGGAGACCCUCAAACAUCUGAACCAGGUGCGGUUGUCAAGCCUAUUACAGAUAAUAAAGGCCUUGGUGACGUUUUCGAAAAUUCAUCAUCUUCAGAAAUUUCACAUGAAGUCAAUCACAAAGAUGAAUUCAAUUCUGAGGUACCUGCCCUACCCCCUAAAACAAGAUCAUAUUCAAGAGACACAAAUGAAGCCAAAACUGUCAAACUCCAAAGUCCGUCUUCAUUUGAGCCCACUUCAAAAAAUCAGCUGGUGACAAUGGCAGCGUAUGAAAACGUAUCCAAAGAUUAUCAAGUGAUACAGGCAAAUUGGCGAGAGACAAAUAACGAUGAAUACAGCGAAUCGGCACAGAGAAGGGGUAAUCCAGAACCUGAGCUGCCACCAAAGCCUGUAUUCCUCAGGCCAUUGCUUGCUGACACUGAAGAAAAUAAUAGCUUAAUGCUACAAGACAGUCCUCCUCCACCACUGCCUCCAAGGAAAGGCGGGGACAGCUGUCCUGGAGAGCGCGUCGAGAAAGAAGAAAACGUUGCCUUCAUAAGAAGUAAAAAUCCCUUACCAGUGUUACCUCCUAGGAAGGAAUUAUCAGAUGUUGCUUAUAAAGUAGUCAAUGUAACAAACUGGAAAUGGUAUGAGGACCAAUUUGCGUACACCGAAGUCAAAGAUGAAGGACACGUCAUUAGUCAAGAUAGUGCUGGAACCUUGCAAACCCAAAGCGACAUUUGUGGGUCACAACCCCAAGAAUGUGCGCUGGAAAAUGAAAGGCAACGAAAUGGCGAGUCAUCUUACGAAAUCAAUGAUUAUCGGGGAGCUGAGGAAAUUGGUGCUGAAGAAGACAGUGUGGAAGAUGGGACGUACGAGGAGAUUGAUACUUGGUGUGCGUCUCCUUCGACAGAGGAAAAUCUACUGAAGACGAACACGAACCCACAAAAGAAAAAAGUUACUGUACCGUCAACGAAUCCCAGCACACCAAACAACGUCAAAUGUCCUACGCAAACAAGUCAAGAAAAACCAGCCAUCGCUUCAUCGCGUAGGUUGAAAAAAGAAUUGAUAAUCUCAAACCGAUGCGAGGACGAUUUCAUGGAUUUUAAAGACAUUGAACAGUUUCUUAAAAUCAGGAAAAAGUUGAACGACAUGCGUGACCACGUGAAUGAUCUUGAGAAAAAAGUCGGUGUAAAAGAAGGGCUGGGGGAUGAAUCACGUGUGUUGUCCGGCACCAUCGAUGAAAUGGCCUCUUCUUACAGGUUUGACAGAGUGGAAAACAGGACAGAUGAAAACAGGAACAUUUUUAUUUCGGUUAGGACGCUAAACAAUUUUAAAAUUGGCUCAGAGAGCAGAAAUGUUGGUUCGGACAAAGAUGGAACUGAAAAGAGUACAGGAGAGGAAACUUCAAAUUCGAUUUCUCCCGUCAAUACUCUGGAUUCCGAUGACGGCGAUGAGGCUUAUGCAGAAUGCUGCGAAAGAGAAUUCUCCCACAUUGAAGACGAUUCGGCUUGCUACAUGAGCAAUUCUGAACAAGGUGGACAAAGUACCGGCGAUAGUGCUGAACAUGGUGUGGAAUCUGCCAACUACAACACCGUCGAGGUAGGAACAUCAAGCUACUUGCAACUGGAGAACUCCAAUGAAGAGGUCGAAAAUGUUUAUGUAAAUGUCGAUGCCGAAGACUUCGAUCAGGAGGCGCAAUGGGGUAAAGUAAAAGAACUCCCACCCCUUCCUCCUAAAAAAAGGACAAAUUCAACCUGCCCCUGACAGCAUACCGCCCAGGGAAAGUUUGGUGAGAAAAAUGAACAAAAAAAAGUGGUAUGAAUGUGAAGCGAAAAACAAUUAUGAUUCGACACAAUGUGUCCAAAAUUGUAGUGGGCAAAUUUCAUGGCUGUCUCUUGUCUCGCCUGGAGUCGCGAACUGAUGCGUGCACAAGCGAAUUGAGACCAGAAUUUCUUAAAACCAAAUUCUAGUGCUGUUUAUGCCGUUGAAGAUCUCUAGCUUAGUCACCAGCAUUGGCUGCAAAGCACUAAAAUAAAGUUUUCAUUUCAUUUUCAUUCACCUUUUUCAUUCCUAAAAGAGACAAAACUAUCUUAUGUUCUAUGACUUAAGCAUUUAAAAAGAAUUAUCUCCAAGUAAAUUUGAAGGGUUCUCCUUUGAAUGGUUGCACAAUAUGAUUUCAUUGAAACGUGUCUGUACAAUUCUCCGCGAGAGUCAGAGGGGGUACACUGAGCUCAUAUAAGUUGCGCUGGUAUAAAAAGAUACUACCUUUUUUGGCGUUGCGGUCGGAUUCAUCGUCAAUCUUACGUCGUACAAUUUAAUAAGAAACGAAGUCACAUAUGGCAGGUCUCAAAACGCUACAUGACAUGACAACAUGACUUUCUGUAGUAUCGCAGUCUGUCGACAAAAUGAGCGUAUAACUAACUGAACUUCAUUGGUUUGUAGCUUCUUGCCGAUCGCAACCAUGUAAGGCCCGGUUUUCAGACUCCAAACUUUUCGAGAGCAGAACGUUUAGCUAAUUCGAAUUAAGACCGACCCUAACUAUUUAGACCGCCUGAAUUGAUUCAGACGCCGAACCUUUCUUGUACCUUAAUUCAAUGUAUUAGGUUCGGCUUAUGAAAAGAUCGGCGUCUGAACCAGGCCCAAGACCAGUAUACCAAAACAUUACCCACACCGAGUUUACCUUGUUUUUAUUCCCACGGUCAGCUAAAACAAACAUGUCUUGCUUUGGCUAUAAAAACCGCUACUAUUUUACUUGUUAGAAGGACAGUUAGAGUAAGCAGUAUCAUUUUUAUACCAGCUCGAGGUAUUUGAGCUGUACCCCCUCUCUCUCGAAGUGAGUAAUUGCCAACUCUCGGAUUUAGUGUCCAGUAUGACUUAUUAACAUUGCACAAUUUCAAGGAAAAAAACACAUAAGGCAGGUCUUAAAUUGCUGUGUUUUUGAAAUAAUGCUAUGACAUAACUAUCUGUAGUAUCGAAGUCUGUAGAAAAAAAGAGCGAAACUUAAGACAUUGGAUCUUUUGCAGUAUUUCCUCCGCAGUGUUUUGAAAAUAAAGAAAUGCAAAUUUAUGGUUAUGAAAACAAGCUUCGUACAGAAGUUGAUACUAUAUUUACAGAGUUCCUGUGUGCGAUUUUUUGGCACUAGAGUUCUUUCCUUAAUUGGUCAAUUCCUCAAAGCCGACGGAAAGUCAUUUGAAACCGAAAGUAAUUUAAGUCAUGAUAAGAGUAAAACAUCCGCAUUUUCGUGACAAUUUUUCGUGACAUUUUUUAAGGACAAUUGACUUUAAUAGUUUUUUGUGUGUGUUUUUAAAAUGGAGAGUGUUCUAUUUUGUAGUUUACAGUAGCUACCAGACCCGCAGUAUACAGACUGCCAACCGCUGAUCAAUGGUUGUAACUUUUUGCGUUUUGAUAAACAACUGUAAACAUGGUAAAUACACUUCCUGAGGGUAGAUUACAUUUGAUAAAGUAACCAGGUAACGGCUAGUCUGCUACACAGCCGUUUUUAGUGUCGUCACGCAACGCUCCUGCCCACAAAGUUAGUGGGGAGGAGCGUUGCGUGACGACACUAAAAACGGCUGUGUAGCAGACUAGAUAGCGGCUUGAUUCAAUAAAUACCAGAUCACCUAAUAAUAUAUUACGUACAAAUUUGAUUUUAAUGUUCUGAGUGAAAAACGGUACCUAAAUUGUAGGUCCUUACUCUAGGUUUAUACAAUAAAAUGACCCUUACCUAUCCGUGUUUUUUAGGUUCAAGUUUGUCUUACUUUGGAUCCCGUUUUGUUUCAAACUCACGUAUUAUAGUCAAAGGAAAUAAAACUCGAACCAAUGAAUAGUUUUAGCCACGAAUUUGUACCCUUUGCAGCGGCGGCGGAGCAAAAUAAAAUAAAAUUGGACAUAAAAUAAAAUUGGACAUUCCAAUUUUUUUUCGCUCCCCCUUCCCCCUCCCCGCAAUAAGCAAUAAAAGGCGGCCUCUGUCUUUUUUUCGGAUAGUGGAGCAGGGUGUGUUCCCCACGAUACGACCUUAACGCCUGGAACAGGCUAAGAACAUUUUAGACCUCUAGGAUGCUUCAAUGCUGCCGACAACAAAAACUACAUAGGAUAGCCUUCUAUCGGGGGUGGGGGAAGGAGGGAGGGAGAGCGGAUAAAAAAAUGAAAUGUCCGGUCAGACGCCAUAUUGAAACAUGAGCUAAUAGCAGCGAGAACAAAGCAGUGGACUGCCCGGAACUUACGAAAAUUGUGUGCACAGAGGGAUCCGGUGCCCACUUUUGUGCCGGAGUACAGGGUCGAGACCUUGUACUCGGACACCGGCACCAUCCGAAUUCUAGCGUGGGUACUUGCGCAAAAAGGGUGAGUUCGUGCUCAACGAGUACCACACUUCGGCCGACCGUGCCCGGGCAAGUGUGAACGCUGCCUGCGAGUUUUAUUUAUGCUAGCAACAUGAUUUUCCUUUCAAAUUGUAUGGGUAACCUUUGUCCAUCAAGUGUUUUUUAUAUAAAUUUGAAUGAUACUUUCCUCAAACGUUGCUUCAGAGGAGUUUUGUAGGAUUCUCAAGGCUUCUCCUUUGACAAAGGUGAAAUGUGUGUACUGGAAGGUUUCCAUUUGUUUAAAAUAUGUCUUUACAUCGUGGACAACUUUUUCGUUGAAUCUCGUGCCUAUGUAUACCACCGUGUCUAAAAACAUUGCCUCAGUUUCAGAUAUUUCGGCCGUGUAUUAAUAGCCUUGUUCGAAGAAAACUACGAUGUCUGGUUUACUCAAGUCCCACAAGGAAAAAAAAUAACAUGUAUGUAGCAUUGGUUUAAAGACGGUUUUGCUUACUAGACUUUGUGUUUCAAUAUAACAUAUAAAACUGCUGAUGUUGAAAGAUACUAUUUUUCUCUUAGCAAGGAAUUACGAUCGAAACUAUACUUCAAUUGUUUCCUCUCGGAUAACUUCAGGGCUAGUUCAGUGAGAAAUCGUUCCACUUCUCUGCCCUUCUUUGCAUUUCCGUUUCUGAGUAUAGAACCAAAAGGAAUAAUGGUACAGGACGGCGGUCCUCUGGCAAAUAUAACGACAAAUUUCGGAUCUGGCUGUUAACACAUUUCUAAGCUCUGUCUUAAGUUAUUGUUGAAGCAAAUUUGAUCGAUCUUCUCGACUUAUCAAGUUAAAAUCCGAGGCCUGCAUACGCUUUUACGUUUAUGAUAGUAAAAAUACUCUGCGUCUUUUUCUCUUAUUAUUCUCAGUAAUUCGGAACUGGAAACGACUAUUUCACCAUGUUCAAAAUAUUUUCGCUCCAAGUAGAUUGUGAAUUAUUACUGAGGAAACCUUAUACGUCAGGAGUAUCUUGUGGCCAGUGUUAA